AUGUUCAGUUCUCAAGAAUAUCUCGACAAAAAAACUGGACCAUAUGGAAUUGGUCGGCUCAGUUACUUGCAGUCUCUUGUCACGGAAUACGAAGAGACCAGUUCGGAUGAUGCCAAACGACAAAUACUUGCCAACCUAGCCAACUUUGGUUAUGACCCAUUAAACUACGAUUAUUUUCGACAGCUGAAUGUGUUGGAUAUGUUUCUAGAUGCCUUGGAAGAAGAAGAUGAAAAAUUAGUGGAGUUUGGGAUGGGAGGUUUGUGCAAUGUUUGUUUAGAUAAACAGAAUAAAGAAUAUAUAGUGAAAAAUGACGGUAUUGAUCUUGUUCAGAAAUGCUUAUCACGCUCAAAUGUUGAGACCAAAGUAUCGGCUCUCACAACUCUCAUGUUUCUUAUUUGCCCAGAAUCAAAGAAAGAUAUUCUGACUUCAGAUUUUGCUAAGGAAAUGUUAGAAUUGGCAGAAAGUUCAAAUCUGAGGUUGAGUAAUCUGGCUAAUAUAUUCUUGAAGGAUUACUUUGAUGAAAAUCAUGUUGAAGAAGCCAGAAAAUCUCUGCAAACCUUGUAA